GACUACCACAUCGCCCGCCGAAACUACGAUCGGGCUAUCGAACGAGACCCGAAUGUGUAUCUCCCUGUCAGUUUGGCACUGGCGAAACUCUCGGUCAAGGAGUUUGUGACGGGUCUUCACACCUCCGAGCAUUUAUCAAUAGCCACCAAUGAAAUAAGCGCGAUGGCAUCGGAGCAGACGGAUGUGGCGGUGAUGGCUUGUUUGGCGUGCCUUUUGUGGUAUCUCAUCAAAUUGCGGCGAAGGUUGUAUGGGGUCUAG